GCGGAACCCCAGACUCGAGCGGGGAUCCGCGCCGCGCGGCGCCUAGCCGGGGGUUGCUGGUCCGCGUUCUGGGACUACGAAACGCCCAAAGUGAUCGUGGUGAAGAACCGGCGCCUAGGCAUCGUGUACCGAGCAGUGCAGCUGCUCAUCCUGCUCUACUUCGUGUGGUACGUGUUCAUCGUGCAGAAGAGCUAUCAGGACAGCGAGACGGGCCCGGAGAGCUCCGUCAUCACCAAAGUCAAGGGUAUCACUGCAUCAGAACAUAAAGUGUGGGACGUGGAGGAGUAUGUGAAGCCCCCUGAGGGGGGCAGUGUAUUCAGCAUCAUCACCAGGAUCGAAGUCACCUCCUCCCAGACCCUGGGAACCUGUCCAGAGAGUGCUAAGGUCAGAAAUGCCACCUGUGACUCAGAUGAAGACUGUGUGGCUGGACAGCUGGACAUGCUGGGAAACGGGCUGCGCACUGGGCGCUGUGUACCCUACUACCAUGGGGACUCCAGGACCUGCGAAGUGUCCGGCUGGUGCCCUGUGGAAGACGGGGCUGCUGUCAGCCAGUUUCUUGGCAAGAUGGCCCCGAAUUUCACCAUUCUCAUCAAGAACAGCAUCCACUACCCCAAAUUCCAGUUCUCCAAGGGCAACAUCGAGACCAGCGAGGACGGCUACUUGAAACACUGCAGUUUCCACGCUGACUCAGACCUCUACUGCCCCAUUUUCAAGCUGGGCUUCAUCGUGGAGCAGGCUGGGGAGAACUUCACAGAGCUGGCACACACGGGCGGCGUUAUUGGGGUUAUCAUCAACUGGGACUGUGACCUGGACCUGCCGGCCUCCAGGUGCAACCCCCGGUACUCCUUCAGGAGGCUCGACCCCAAGCACGUCCCUGCCUCCUCUGGCUACAACUUCAGGUUUGCCAAGUACUAUAAGACCAAUGGCAGCACAGCCCGCACGCUCGUCAAGGCCUACGGCAUCCGCAUUGACGUUAUUGUGCAUGGGCAGGCUGGGAAGUUCAGCUUGAUCCCAACCAUCAUUAACCUGGCCACAGCGCUGACCUCCAUUGGGGUGGGCUCCUUCCUGUGUGACUGGAUCCUGCUGACGUUCAUGAACAAAAACAAGGUCUACAGCCACAAGAAAUUUGACAAGGUGUGUGCACCAAGGCCCUCCCCAGGCAGCUGGCCUGUGACCCUGGCCCUCAUUCUGGGCCAGGGCCCUCCACUACCGGGCCCCUGCCUGGCCCCUGCACCCAUGGACCAGGGGCAGAGCCGGAGCCCAGCUGCCCCACCAGCCCUAGGGCCACGCCCCACAUCUGCCCGGUCUGAGCAGAUGGUGGAUGCUCCUGAGCUGGGCGCAGGACCAGAGCUUUGUGCCUCAGCACCUCCCCACCCAGACUCCCAGCCCUCGGACCCUCGAGGUUUGGCCCAGCUCUGAGUGACGUGCUUCCCAGCACCCUAGUCCCACCCUGGUGGGAGCCCCAAAAGACUGAGCCUGAGCCCACCCGCGCCUUUCCCACAAGGCCAGGAGGUAAAGGACCCCUGAGUGACUGGGCAGGGGGCUGUGGCCCCUGUUCUUAGCCCCUCCCUGCUGAUUGUGGGGAGUGGCUGCUCCUACCACUCCCAACCACCAGAAAUCCUAUCUGGUGUCCAAUAAACCUGUAA